GCAAAGUAGACUCUAGUCUUACCAUCGCAUAGUCUGCUCUCGGGCUAGCGGCGGUUUAUCAGUUUUCAAUUCGCGCUCCGUUACGUUAGACACGCUUGCUUGGUUCACGUGCGUUCAAGAAUUAUUUACGGUUGGCGGUCUGUUGUGUGUUCAAAUUUUCGCAAGAAGAUUCGCAACUUCAACUGCGUCAAUUAAGGUGAUGCCCUGUGUGGUGUGAAGUUAAACUGCUAAACCGAAGAAUCGUGUGAUAAACGGUUUCCGCUUAGGUUACUCCCGCCGAGGGUGUCGAUUUUUGCCGCAGGGAAGAUGUGGCUCCAACUCCUCUGCCUGCUACAGUCCAUCCUACUCGCCACGUGCAUCUCCUGGUACGCCCACCCGGCCGUGCUGGCGAACGAUGCCAACGAAGCUCUGCUACCGGAUUACCAGCGGAACGCCUUCUACCGAACGCCUCGGGUGGCCAAUGCUUUGGCCCGUUUCAGCUGGCUUGGCCCCGGAGAGGAACUGGUACGGGAGCGACAUACGGAAAAAAUCUCCCGAGCCGACAUCUAUACAGUACUGACCCAUGCCGGCUUUGUCCCACGGAGGUUCAACGGGUUCCAUCGUUAGUUUUUUUCUCUUCUUUCGUCUGAUGUGCAGUUUUGCUACACGCGCCACCUGUAGUCACUGUUCAGUUGCGGUGCUGAUCUUGAAACAGUUGCCAAAAAUAAGUGUUUUAUUCAAAUAUAUGUAAAUAGACAGAGCAGUUUAGUUUCAAAAUUAUGAUGAGCGAACUAUUCGGUUAGGAGUAGGGAGCUGAAAUAAGUUAGAUAAACCAAUGCCGGCAAAAGGUAAUAACGGAGAUGGAAUGGUCUAUACCAAUUUAGUUUCAGAUUUAUUAAUUCUCCACGUCGAUUCAGUAUUUUAGCACGCUAGCAACUCAUCGUUGAGAUAGAGGUAACACGAGUAUGCCAGCGUUGAUAAAUGUAUAUUAUUCCUAAAAAUCAUUGUUAUGUAAUUUGUGUACGAAAAUAAAGCGAAAUGAGAUUUCAAUAACGUACGAAUCGAAAGAAAAACAAAAUAAGUGACCCACAAAA